AUGUUUCAGUUACUACCGCGGCUCCGCAAUGCCACGUCCCCCAGGCUUCGAUCACCCUGGCACUUCCUGACCGAUGGGAUCCGAGCCAACCAUUUCGUCACUUGGAGCAGCAGUAGGCAAUCCGAAUCUGAAGAGGCGAAUGAUAAGCUCGUCAAUGGAAAUACGCCGUUAGAUACGUCUGGCGAACCUUUGGCCCCAGACGACCAGCAAGACAAUGGUUGUGCUACAACCGGCCGAUUAGUCACGUUGAGGACGUUUCUUGUACACGCCUUGAAGCUUCAGUCUCCCAUUGUUCAGCUCGACCUCAAGAGUGCCUUCCAUCAUUUACUACCUCGGGAUUCAUCGGAACGACCUGGAGACACGCAUGCAGACUCGUCAGACUCCCCAUCAGCAGCUAUCAAAUGGACCCCUACCAGUCGAUGCAAGGCUGUCGCGACGUGGCUUGAGGACCAUCGACUCAAACGAUCGAGAGCUUCAAAUCGCAAAUCCUCUGCCCACGCUUCUCGAGCAUUCCAAACCUGCAUGAAGUCGAUACAAUCCUAG